UAAAAUGAGUUGGAAGGAUCUGCUCAGGUUUGUGCUCUGCGCCUUCAUGUGUCUCCAGCCCGCUGCUCUUCUCUCUGCUUCAGAUUGCAAAGGAGACGACUGCAUCAGAGGAGACACCUCCCCUACAGUGCCCCUUCCUUCUUACUCCUCAGUUCCCUCUUCGUUACCUUCUCCUUUACCCUCUCUUACGUCUUCUCCUUCCUCCUCUAUGUCCUCUCCUUCACCCUCUCCUUCCUCCUCUCCUCCCUCUUUCGUGAAAUCCCCAGAGAACUCCAAGGACUUCCUGGGCCAGUUUACCCAGGUGAGGUCACCAAACAGCGGGGACCGUAAACACCGUGACGCCAGCGCCGUCCUGCCCUUCAUCGGCCUCACCAGCAGUGCUGAGCAGAGCCGAAGCUGCUGUAAGAAUGGAGGAACCUGCAUCCUGGGCAGCUUCUGUGCCUGCCCUCCAUACUUCACUGGGAGGACCUGCGAGUAUGACCAACGUAUCAGGACCUGCGGUUUGAUUCCUCACGGGGAGUGGGUUCAGAAAGGUUGCUCCUACUGCCGCUGUGGUUACGGUCUGCUGCACUGCUUCGCCAACGUCUUCCAUAAAGACUGCAAUGACUCCGAUGAGGUGCGCUGGUAUCGUUCGUCGGCUGUCAGGAUGAUUCCCACCGGCUUCUUCCUGCUGCUGCUUCCUCCUCUGCAUUUCUUCAUCUGA